UUAAUCCUCACUGUCAGUGGACUGGAAACAGCAGCAAUAAAACAUAGCAAAAAGCCAAAGCCCCCAAAUAAAAUCUUAAAAUUAACAGCAAAAGAAACAAAGCUAGGAGAGCUCAGAGAGAAAAUCAGCUGACCCGCGGAGGAUCUUAGCAAAGAUGAUGAAAUAUUUUGGUAGAGGGAAGGACUCCGCCGCUGAUGUGUCCCCGCAAUCAUUCAGUCAUUCAGCGUCUCCGUCGUCGGCUUCUCCGGUGACUGGUCCCGCUAGACCGAUCCGAUUGGUGUAUUGCGACGAGAAAGGGAAGUUCCGGAUGGAUCCGGAGGCUGUUGGGGCUUUGCAGCUUGUUAAGGAACCAAUUGGAGUCGUUUCGGUCUGUGGCCGGGCUCGUCAGGGAAAAAGCUUCAUUUUAAAUCAGCUUCUUGGAAGGAGUAGUGGAUUUCAAGUAGCAUCAACUCAUCGACCAUGUACUAAAGGGAUUUGGUUGUGGAGUGCACCGUUGAAGAGAACUGCUCUUGAUGGAACUGAGUACAAUCUUUUGCUAUUAGAUUCUGAAGGAAUAGAUGCCUAUGAUCAAACGGGAACUUACAGCACUCAGAUAUUUUCCUUAGCUGUCCUCUUAUCUAGUAUGUUUAUCUACAACCAGAUGGGAGGCAUAGAUGAAACUGCAUUGGAUCGUCUCUCUCUUGUCACUCAAAUGACGAAACAUAUUCGAGUCAAAGCUGGAGCAAGAACAACCACUGCUUCUGAACUUGGGCAGUUCGCUCCCAUCUUUGUUUGGCUUCUUAGGGAUUUUUAUCUGGAUUUGGUGGAAGAUAAUAAAAGAAUCACUCCCCGUGACUACCUAGAGCUUGCUUUACAGCCGAUUCAAGGUAGUGGGAAAGAUAUAGCUGCAAAAAACGAGAUCCGAGACUCCAUUCGAGCUUUAUUUCCUGAUAGAGAAUGCUUUACCCUGGUGAGGCCUUUGAACAAUGAAAAUGAUCUCCAAAGACUUGAUCAAAUUUCGAUUGACAAACUGAGACCUGAAUUCCGAGCUGGGCUUGAUGCAUUGACAAAAUUUGUUUUUGAGAGAACAAGACCAAAGCAGGUUGGAGCUACUAUGCUGACAGGGCCUAUUCUCAUUGGUAUCACAGAAUCUUAUCUGGAUGCUUUGAAUAAAGGUGCUGUGCCUAUAAUAUCUUCCUCAUGGCAGAGUGUGGAAGAAGCUGAGUGUCGAAGGGCAUAUGAUUCUGCUUCAGAUAUUUAUAGGUCAACUUUUGACCGCACAAAGCCACCUGAGGAAGCAGCAUUGAGGGAGGCUCAUGAAGAAGCAGUUCAAAAAUCGCUGGCAGAAUUUAAUGCUAGUGCUGUAGGAGUUGGUUCAAUGAGGAAGAAAUACGAGGAGCUUCUACAGAAAUUUUUCAGACAAGCAUUUGAGGAUUAUAAAAGGAAUGCAUUUAUGGAAGCAGAUUUGCAAUGUUCAAAUGCUAUCCAGAGCAUGGAAAAGAGAUUGAGAGCAGCAUGCCAUGCUUCUGAUGCAAGCGUAGAUAAUGUUGUGAAGGUUCUUGAUGCUCUUCUGUCCGAAUAUGAAGAAUCAUGCCGUGGCCCUGGAAAAUGGCAGAAACUGGCUGUAUUUUUACAGCAAAGCAUGGAGGGGCCAAUAUUGGAUUUCACCAAGAGACAUAUAGAUCAGAUUGUAUCUGAGAAGAAUUCCCUCGUAUUGAAAUGUCGUUCAAUUGAGGACAAGAUGAAGUUACUUAACAAACAGCUGGAAGAUAGUGAGAAAUAUAAAUCUGAAUACCUGAAGCGUUAUGAUGAUGCUAUCAAUGACAAGAAGAAGAUUGCUGAUGAAUAUGCAAGCCGUGUGAUUAAAUUGCAAGGGGAUACCAGUUCACUGAAGGAGAGAUGUUCUAGUUUAAUGAAAUCACUGGAUUCUGCCAAGCAAGAAACACUAGACCGGAGAAGAAAAUAUGAUCAGGUGCUGUCAAAGCAGAAAGCCAAAGAAGAUCAGACCGCCUCAGAAAUUGAAGUGCUCAAGUCCCGGAGCACUGCUGCUGAGGCAAGGCUGGCUGCUGCUAGAGAGCAAUCUGAGUCUGCUCAAGAGGAGGCUGAGGAGUGGAAAAGGAAGUAUGACUUUGCUGUUAGAGAGGCAAAAGCUGCUCUGGAGAAGGCAGCAAUUUCGCAAGAGCGGUCAAGCAAGGAAAUUCAACUUAGGGAAGAUACUCUGAGGGAAGCGUUUUCACAUACAUUGGCUGAGAAGGAAGAGGAAAUAAAGGACAAGACAGCAAAGGUUGAGCGUGCUGAGCAGUUGGUAACAACAUUAAAGCUAGAAUUGAAGGCUGCUGAGUCUAAAAUCAAGAGUUAUGAUGCCGAGAUAUCAUCAUUAAAGGUUGAAAUUAGGGAGUUAGUCGAGAAGCUAGAAAAUGCUUACACCAUGGCCCAGUCAUUUGAGGGAAAAGCAAGGAUUAUGGAACAGGAGAAGAUCUAUUUGGAGCAGAAUUAUUCUUCCGAGUUCGAGAGGUUUGCAGAAGUUGAAGAAAGGUAUAGAGUAGCCGAGAAAGAAGCAAGGAAAGCGACAGAGUUAGCUGAUAAAGCACGAGCAGAAUCAGCGGUUGCUCAAAAGGAGAAAAGCGAGAUACAGAGGGUAGCAAUGGAAAGAUUAUCUCGAAUUGAGAGGGCUGAGAGACAAAUUGAGAACUUGGAGAGAGAGAAAACAGACUUGGAAAAUGAACUCCAUAGAAUUCAUGUCUCGGAGAUGGAUGCUGUUUCUAAAGUUGCAUUACUAGAGGCAAGGGUGGAAGAGAGGGAGAAAGAGAUAGAGUCAUUGUUAAAAACAAACAAUGAGCAUAGGACUAGUACAGUCAAAGUACUUCAAGAUCUUCUUGACUCUGAACGUGCAGCACAUGCAGAUGCAAAUAACAGGGCCGAGGCCCUUUCUCUUCAGCUACAGGCUGCGCAGGCAAAACUUGAUUCAUUGCAGCAAGAGUUAACUUCGGUUCGUUUAAAUGAAACUGCAUUGGACAGUAAGCUAAAAGCUGCCUCCCAAAGAAAGCGAUUCAGGACAGAUGAUGAAGUCGGGGUGGGAUCUGUUCAAGAUGUGGACAUGAGCGACAGAAUUUUGAGAGCAAAUAAGAAGUCCAGGAGCACAACCAGCCCCCUGAGACAUUCACAUUUAGAAGACGGUGGGUCGGUAUUCAAAGGUGAUGAUGAUGACAACCAGAAUCUACAAGACGACUAUACAAAAUUCACCGUGCAAAAACUCAAGCAAGAACUCACGAAACAUAAUUUUGGCGCUGAGCUGCUUGAGUUAAGGAAUCCAAAUAAGAAAGAAAUCCUCGCCCUGUACGAGAAAUGCGUACUACAGAAAUCUUGAUAGUUUGUUUUCGGUUCGUAUUAUGACUUUGUAAUCUACUUUUUAUUU